AUGUCGUUCGCAUCGCCGAGCGAAAAGCACCCUGGCACGACUGCCGCGGCCAAUGCAGAGCCCUCAGAUGCAGGCCGUCGCCAGCUUGACACCAAGUCUCCUGGGGUUGUUCGAAUCGAAGCGAUUGCGGCCCACCUUGGCCCAGUAACGCGCACAAUCCUCUUCGCCGGCCUCUUUCUCCUAGGAUAUGCCUUUGGUCUCCAUGGAGUUCUCCGCGGCGUCUAUCAGACCUAUGCCACCGCCAGCUACAGCGACCACUCGCUGCUCUCGACUGUGAAUGUCAUCCGCACCGUCUUCGCCGCUGCUGCCCAGCCGACGACCGGGAAGCUCGCUGAUGCCUUUGGCCGCGUCGAGACUCUGGCACUGUCCGUCGUUCUCUACUUGGUGGGCUCUAUCGUCGAGGCCACUUCGAAUGGGGUCAGCUCGUUCAGCGCUGGGGCAGUGCUUUACACUCUCGGGUUCACAAUCGUCCAGACCCUGGUCGAGGUCCUCAUUGCCGAUGUGACAUCUACGCGCGUCCGGCUGCUCGCCUCCUACGUGCCGAACCUGCACUUCAUCAUCACCGCCUGGGUGUCGGGCAACAUUUCCUCCGCCGUCUUGGGCGCCACGACCUGGAGAUGGGGAAUCGGCAUGUGGUGCAUUGUCUUCGCGGUGCUUGUCAUCCCCGUGGUCGCUACCCUGACCUACCUCGAUCUGUGCGCCCGUCGAAGCUCUUCCACCACCGGCAGUGCGCCUCGAUGGAUCCCAAUGAAGCAGCUCUUCUGGCAGCUCGAUGUCCCCGGAAUCGCCCUCCUCAUCGCCUCCCUGGCCCUGCUACUCACCCCGCUGACCAUCGCUGGAGGAGAAAGUCCCAAGUGGCGCACCGCCCACGUUAUCGCCCCGCUGGUCAUUGGCUUCCUGUGUAUUCCGGUCUUUGUCUUCUGGCAAAUGCGAGCGCCACACCCUUUGGUUCCGUUCUCGUUCCUCAAGGACCGCGGUGUCUGGGGUGCCCUGGGAAUCGCUGCGUUCAUGAACUUUGCCAACUCGAUGCAGUCCAACUACCUGUACACUGUUCUGAUUGUGGCCUUUGACUUUUCAAUCGCCGCCGCGACUCGCAUCGCAACUCUGUUCAUGUUCACCUCGUUCCUUGUGGGCCCGAUCUGCGGUAUCCUCGUCUACCGCAUCCGCCGCCUCAAAUACUUCAUCAUCGCCGGCACUGUCCUCUUCAUGGUCGGCUUCGGUCUUCUCAUUCGAUACCGCAGCGGCUCAUCCGGCUCCGACCAUGCAGGCGUCAUUGCUGCAGAGGUCAUCCUCGGUGUUGGAGGGGGCAUGACACCUUAUGCUUCCCUUGCCUCAAUGCAGGCAUCGCUCAAGCACGAAACCCUCGGUGUGAUGACCGGACUCUUCCUCGCCUUCCACAGUAUUGGAAAUGCCUUUGGUACCAGCGUUGCCGGCGCGAUGUGGUCACAGCUCCUACCGUCCUCGCUUGCCAGAAACCUCGGCGACGCAACCCUUGCCGCUCAGGUUUACGGCAACCCCUUCGCAGUCGUCGCUCAGUUCCCGGUUGGAACAGAGGUCCGCACCGCAGUCGUCGACAGCUAUCAGCAUGUGCAGCGGUACCUUUGCAUCACCGGGUUGUGUCUGUCCAUUCCGAUGAUUGGGUUCGCGUUCUGUCUGAGAAACCCCGUCCUCGGUCGCGAUCAGUCACUCGUUGACAAGAAAGAGGAGAUUGCCGACGAGAGAGCAUAG